AUGGCUACUAAAUGGGGCAUCUGUUCUGCUGGGAAAAUCAGCCAUGAUUUCCUAGUGGCCCUGCAGACAUUGCCAUCUGGUGAUCAUCAGGCAGUGGCUGUGGCCGCUAGAGAUCUGAAACGUGCCAAUGAAUUUGCUCAAAGUCACAAGAUAAUGAAAGCAUAUGGGUCAUAUGAAGAGCUUGCUAAGGAUGCGAAUAUUGAUAUUGUCUAUGUUGGGGUCCUCCACACCGUUCACCGAGAUGUGGUUCUGAUGUUCUUGAAAAACAAGAAGAAUGUUUUAUGUGAGAAACCGAUGGCAAUGAACUCUAAAGAGGUUGAAGAACUCAUCUCCGCCGCUAAAAAAUAUGAUGUGUUUAUCAUGGAGGGCAUUUGGAGUCGUUUUUUUCCUGUUUAUGGGCAAAUCCGCACACUGUUAUCUCAGAAGGCUAUUGGGGAUGUGAAGGUUGUAAGAGCAGAAUUUGGUUCUAACCAAUACCAUGUACCACGUGCAGUGCAGAAGGAGCUUGGGGGCGGAGCCCUAUUGGACAUUGGCUGUUAUUGUAUCCAGUUUGCUUUAAUGGUUUUUAAUGGAGAGAGACCAGAGUCAGUGACAGCCAAAGGUUUUCUCUAUGAGACUGGUGUGGAUGAAACGGUGACAAUUAUCCUUCAGUAUCCUGGGAAACGACAGGCUAUUCUCACCUGUACCAUUAUGGUAGCAAUGCCCAACCAAGCUGCAAUUUGUGGCUCCAAAGGAAUGAUUCAGGUUCCUACAUGUAUGUGGUGCCCAACUUCUGUUAUCCUUAACGGGGAAGAAACAAAAUUUCCACUUCCUCCUUCCUCAAAACCCAUGCAUUUUACUAAUAGCACAGGACUGAGUUAUGAAGCAGAACACGUACGACAAUGCUUAUUGAAAGGAUUGAAGGAAAGUCCAUUAAUGAGCUUGGCAGACAGUCAGCUCUUAGCUAAUAUUAUGGAAGAGGUUCGAAAGCAACUUGGAGUCAGAUUCCCACAGGAUACAUCCUUAUGA